AUGGCCAACAACCGACGAACCAAUACUGAUCCUGCCAACACACGUCUCAACUUUCGCUACACCCAGAAGAAUUGCCCCGGCCACGAGUACGUCGGCAAACUAAAUGAAGGUGGUAUGACCCCGAUGGAAUGGACCUGCCACCACUGCGCUUGCAGGACGAAAAAGGCAUGGGAAUGCCAGAACUGCGGCUUUCUCAUCUGCAACCCUUGCUCGAUCUACAGCACUCAGGUCACCGGCAAACUGGCCAAGGAUCAGCCCAAGUAUAUUGGUCGAAAAUAUGGUUGA